CAGUUGAUUCAACCGUCCGGUAGUGUGCCAAACUCGCCACACAUAUUCUGGUGGCUCACUCUUGUGGUUUACACAUUGGAGAACCAUGACCACUGGCACAGAAAAUGCGGUACCACGUAAAAUUAGAGGCGAACGAUCGCUCAUUGAAGCACUGGCUGAAUACCCAGGAGAGCUCGUAAAAACUGAUUCUCCGAACUUUGUUUGUAGCGUGUUGCCAUCACACUGGAGAUGUAAUAAGACGCUACCGGUUGCAUUCAAGGUUGUUGCACUCGGUGAUAUUCCCGAUGGAGUUCUCGUCUCGAUCGCUGCAGGCAAUGACGAGAACUUUUCGGCCGAACUCCGAAACGCGACUGCCGUCAUGAAAAAUCAAGUCGCGCGCUUCAACGAUCUAAGAUUCGUAGGACGUAGCGGAAGAGGUAAAACGUUCACGUUGACAAUAACGGUGAAGACAGAUCCACCUCAAGUCGCCACAUAUUGCAGAGCUAUUAAAGUCACCGUAGACGGACCGCGGGAACCGCGUAGACACAGAACGCGUUCAGACGAGAGAGACCAAGCAGGAUACGACCAAUUUCAUUUUUCAGAUCGUCUCUCAGAGCUGGGAUUCGAGGGCCUCCGUCGCUCCAUAAGAGACAACAACUUUGGCCCGUUUACAGAACUUCAUCCAGGCCCUUUACAACCCGUAAAAUUACCCCCAGAUGCAACCUCAGCGUUCAGCGCGCUCGCUCCUGAUAGCAAUCAAAUCCGUUCACCGUCCACAUGGGGUUUCCACGCCGGCUUUCCGGGAUUUUUAGGGCCGAAUUUGCCGCCUCACGCUCCACCAGAUGCUCAAGUAAACUUAACAGCAUUAAACCCACUGUCAGCGCCAAGACCUCAAGUGAACUUGCAGAAUUCAAGUGGUAGUGUGCCCAUGCUUCCUCACUACUCUGAACCAAGAUUUCAGGGCAUAGCGCAGUUUCCAUUUCGUUCAUCGCCGCAAGCUACAACGAACACGACCCUGACAACAGUGUCCGACGGUAUUGGCGGUGGAAUGAAUCAAGUGUGCCCGGCACCGCCCAUAGAUCCUGCUCACAGCAUGUUCUCUUCACAAUGCCAACAGCUAAACACGUCUCCCGGAACGAAUUCCGUUGUUAACAACUCUAUGUUGAACAACAAUAGUUUGCCCAAUGGCAUGGUGAACAAUGGAUACACCUUUCGUCCACAACCAUUCAUGCAACAAACAGCGAUGACCAAGGUAAACAUGCCAAUAACUCAAACUACAGCGAACACUACUGCGGGGGUGACAUUCCCCCUGUCGAGACCCGGUGUGAUGCCCCUUGUGGGACAAAGCAUGGGGGUAGGAAGCCCCGCUGUUACACAGCGGAUACCGCUACCUCUUGGAAACGUGGAUUUGAACAGCGUGGGCACCUUUAACGGUCUGCCUAGAAGCGACGGGCACGGAAUAAUCUCCCUGAAGCAGGAGCCUAUUGAUAAUAUGUCAAAUCACGUUGUAAAUCACCACGCAGGACUUGAGGUUUCACACGCGGACACGGUCCUUCACGAACGGAACGGUACCACAACACCUAAGGGAGUGUGGAGACCGUAUUAGCGAGUAGGCUCUUGUGGAAUAGUUCUAGGUGAAUAGAAAACAUCCACUGGUAUUUAAAUUUUAACUUAACCUACGCCAAGAUGAAAGGAAAUCUAGAAAUUUUUAAGGCAGAUUUUGAGGUCGAGUACCCGUUUGUUUUACAAGAUAGAUUUCGAUAUUCUAAGCCGUUGAAUUUGACUCAUCUUGGACCAAAUUAGCCAUGUGUUUUUUCAAUUUGCGAGUCAUUGCAUUUAGACUCUCGGAAUUAAAUAAGCCCACAUAUAACACGGAAUUAAAUAAGCCCACAAGCAUCCAUGACAAAAUUGACAACGCGCCCUUGUCUUUAAAAUUAGGGUGCGGAUUCAUUAUUCUCAAAUUUUUUUCGUUUUCUUCCGAUUUAUUUAUUGCUCACUUGCCUCCGGUAAAUAUGCGAAAAACGUUUGAGGCAGAAUCCAUAAUGAAAUUCAAAUAUAAUUAACUAAGCGAGGAAGAGUACGAUAAUAUGGAAAGAGAGCUAAAGAAUAUAGUAUUGAUAUUUAUAUACAUGUAUUAUUUGAAACCCUCCGGAAAAAAUAUGUUUGAAAUGAAAUAAGAUUUCAAGAAAUAUUCACAUGCUGCGCGUGAAGUGAUGAUUAAAUUGUUAGAUGCUACUUAUGCUGUACCUCAUCGUUAUUUUAAUUAUUUGUUUUAUUACCAUUAUUAUUAAUAUUAUUAUGACAUUUAUAGGUGAAAUUCGUAUAACCCCACAACCAAUUUCUAAUUGACGGUAAAUUGGUGUUAUUUUUGUCCCUAAACUUUUAUUUUUUUUGGCAAAAUUGAUCUGUUUGUUGUUCGUUCCACGGAACGGCUUAGUGGCCGUUUGUUCUAGAAUCGUGGGAACUACGUAAAUUUAACUUCAAUUAACGGACAAAGCAACGCACCCCAUAUUACUGUUUACAUAUUUGCGUUGAAAUUUAAGCCGUUAACGAACUCGAUAAGGAAACAAACAGUAAAAAUUUUUAAAAAAUUAAAGACUUAAUAAUAACUUAAGUCCCUAUAUUUCGUAUUUAGCUUCGAAUGAAUUAUAAAUUAGGCGAGUUGACGCCAAUUUUUCAUCACGUACUGAAAUGUAAAAACAAACUAUAGUGUCUAAUGAUAUUUUUUUUUAAAAGCAUGCUCGAUUGGUAGUGGUAUUUGUCAAUUAUUGUACUUGUGAAAGAAAGAUUAAUUGCAGUUAAGACGUAGGAUUCUUAUUGUAGUGUUGAUAAUAGUGACAACAAUUAAUCGAGGCGGCCGCAGACACCGCAAUAACUUCGCAUCAUUAAGUUUGCGAUUAAAAAGUGACAACCAUAACAUUUAGUAGUGAUCGUUGUUGUAAAUGACAUGCAUAAGCACUUGUUUGUAAUCUUAGUGGAUCGAAAUAAAACUGUUCGAGACCA